UCUCACAAGCAUUCAUGAAGUUCUCAGCCGCUAUAAGCCCGUCACUUUGCUCGGGAGCUUUCUGAUUCAAAUACCUUCCACUGAAACGUCAAUGGCUUCACCUGUCCUUUUAAAAGCAAAAUGGUUCAUGAAAAAGUCCUCUUUCCCUCUGGCCUUCCGCUUAUUUCCCCAUUUGUCCUCUUCUCUGUUCUCUACCCUUUGCAGAGGGCGCCACUCCUUCUCCUUUUUCUCACAAACGCCGCCACGCCCCAAGAAAGUUCCAUUCACAGUCUCUGCUCCUGGAAGAACGUGGCAAGAUCCCUUCCAUUGGAUGUCUAACACCAACGACCCUGCUCUCUCCGAGUAUCUUGACCUGGAGAACUCUUAUGCCGAUGCUUUCAUGGCCGACUCCCAUGACCUGCAGCGAAAACUGUUCUCCGAGAUGCUUGGUCGAAUGCCUCCCAAGAUUUUCACUCCUCCCGAACGUUGGGGACCCUGGUUGUAUUAUCAAUACAUUCCAGAAGGGAAGGAAUACCCAGUUUUAUGUAGGAGGUUGGCAAUGCACCAGAAAAUUUGGAUGAAAACUCUUUUCAAUUAUCUUAGAGGAAGAUUUGGAGGGGAGGAAAUUCUGCUCGACUGGAAUCAAAUUGCAGAAAAAUAUGGUUAUGUCCAUGUGGGUACAUGCCGAAUUUCGCCAGACCACAACUUUCUUGCAUACACUCUUGAUAUCACUGGUAGUGAGCAGUGCAUGCUUCAAAUUAAGGACCUUAGAAAUGGGCAUGUUCUUCCAAAAUUUAGAGUCGAUGGGGUAGUUAGCUUGGCAUGGGCUCAAGAUGGUUGUACUUUAUUCUACACUGUAUUGGACGCAAAUCAACGACCUAACAGGGUAUUCUGCAUGAAAUUGGGUCUUGAUGCUGUGGAUGAUAUCCUAAUAUUUACAGAAAGUGAUUCUAGUUUCUGCGUGGACAUUACUAGCACAAAGGAUGGCAAAUUUAUAACUGUGAAUUCUAACUCCAGGACAUCAUCAGAGGAAGGAACUUACGUCUAUGUGAUGGAUGCUGCUAACCCCCAUGAUGGUUUGAAGAGAAUAAGGAAGCGUGUCCCUGAUGUGCAGUAUUUUGUGGAACAUCAUCAUGGUUUUUUCUAUAUUCUUACAAACACUCCUCUAAUUGAGAAUAAGAAGUCGAAUUGCAGAGAUUAUUACCUGGCUAGAUGCCCAGUCACAGAUAUACAGUUAGCUAAUUGGCAGAAUAUCAUCCUACCAAAUGAAGAUAUUAGUUUACAAGAUAUGGACAUUUUUAAUGAACAUCUGGUGCUUUGUCUCAGCAAGAAUGGUUCCCCUAUGAUAUGUUCCAUUAAAAUCCCUAUUGAUGUCAAAUGCAAGGGUCACAUGGAAAUUGAUGAUCUUAAUCCGUGGUAUUUCCCGUUGCCCUCAAAUUUGUGUAGAAUUGUUCCGGGUUCAAACCAUGACUUCAUGAAUUCAGUGUACCGCGUGGUGCUUUCAUCUCCAGUGAUGCCUGAUGUUGUUGUUGACUAUGAAAUGUCACAACGUAUAUUCUCAGUUGUGCAUCAAGAAGAGGUACUAGGUGUCGCUCAUAGUACCAGUUUGUGCUUACGCACUUCUGACCUAAAUACUGACAAGCUUGUAGAUGCCUCAAAGAAUACGGAUCAACGUGUCCAGAAUUUUCAGGUGGAGGAAUGGAAGGAGUUCUCUGGUACAUAUUCCUGUGAAAGAAAGGAGGUUGUUUCACACGAUGGUGUCAAGGUUCCUCUAACAAUCUUGUACUCUCGAGAAGCCUGGAAGAAGGGUCAGUCUCCUGGGAUUCUGCAUGGCUAUGGAGCAUAUGGGGAAGUUCUAGACAAAAAUUGGUGUUCAGAUCGCUUGAGCUUACUUGAUCGUGGUUGGGUGGUAGCAUUUGCUGAUGUGAGGGGUGGUGGUGGUGGUGAUUCUUCAUGGCAUAAAUCUGGCAGUGGACUGUGCAAGCUGAACUCUAUACAUGACUUUGUUUCAUGUGGCAGCUACCUGCUUAAUGAGGGCUAUGUUCAUAAAGAGAAGCUUGGUGCUAUUGGACAUAGUGCAGGAUCUCUGCUUGUGGGAGCAGCCAUGAAUAUGUACCCAAACAUGUUUCGUGCUUCCAUUUUAAAAGUUCCAUUUCUUGAUAUUUGCAACACAUUGAUGGAUGCUAGUUUGCCUCUCACCUUAUUGGAUUAUGAAGAAUUUGGGAAUCCUCAGAUACAGAACCAACUUAAGUACAUUCUAAGCUAUUCUCCUUAUGAUAACAUUCCUCUGGGAGCUUGCUAUCCUUCAAUGCUCAUUACAGCAUCAUUUCAUGACUCAAGGGUUGGAGUUUGGGAAGCUGCUAAAUGGGUGGCAAAAGUACGAGAUAGCACAUGCCCAGAUUGCUCUCGUUCGGUCAUUCUAAAGACAAAUAUGAUUGGUGGACAUUUUGGUGAAGGUGGGCGUUUUGGUCAAUGCGAGGAAACAGCUUACGAAUAUGCUUUCUUGAUGAAAGUUAUGGGGAUUUUCAACAAUAAGAAAGAGACUUUGUUACACUAAAAGAACCAAAGUUUAUUAAAUCAGUGUAGGAAUAUCAGUGGAGGUAAUUUAAAGAGGGAUAGCUUUCUUGCAUUCUUUGGAAUGACAAAGGGUAUUUGGCCAUCCAUGGAUGAAUAUUUUCUAGGAUCUCUUUGCUAUUUUGCCCAAAGUACCAUUGGAUGCUAAGGCAUAAAACUAUGGCUGAGAAAUGAGUUCCCAGAUGAGGAUGGCUGCACAAGAGGAAGGUGAAAAUUGUAAUCUCAAGUCUAAGUUGGCAUCCAAUUUUGUAGUGUUGGGGGGUUUGCUCCGCUCUUCUCAUCAGCGCAGAAGAAUCAAUGACACAAUCAGAGUGGGAUUGCAGUAGGUGAGGGAUGAUGCCCAUUUUGGCCCAAAAAUGGGGUAGGUCAAGGCAUGCCAGCUUUUUUGGUGGUUGGAGGGCUAAUAGUGCACACAAUAGUGGUGCAUUGAACUUGUAAAAUUAAAUUUUGCAAAAAAAUUAAAAUUUAUAGACAUGCAUUUAAAAUAUGAAAAUAUUGAGAGCAAAAUUUUGAGAAAAAUAAAUCUUUUGAUUUCUGGUAA